AUAUUGGCUGCUCUCGUCCCUCCCACAGUGCUGUGUUCGGUUCCAGUGUGGUCUCAUCUCCGCGCCUGAGUGAUUGUUAUAACGUCUUCAGAUCACAUCAGUCAGAUGAGUCAAGAUACGUACUAUCUUAAGUGUUGCUACUUAAGAGCUCCGAAUUAGUGGUGGUUUUAAACAGAGGAGCAUCAGCAAUGGCGCUAAAGCUGAAUCUAACUGUGGACGUCUCGAGCCCAGAUAGUCUGCUCAAGGGGGCCAGACAGAUAGUUCAACACGUCAGACCAGAGUGGCCUCAAGAUCAACUUAAGUUCAAGGUGUACACGGCAGGGUUCACGAACCAUCUGGUGGGUGUGUGGUGCGGGGACACCACCAGCCAGGUCCUGGUGCGUGUCUAUGGCUCCAAGACAGAGAUGUUUAUUGACAGAGGCACAGAAAGGAGAACCUUCGAGGUUUUACACAGGGCGGGGUGUGGACCGGCGCUGUACGCUGUGUUUGACAACGGGCUGAGUUACGGGUUCACCCAAGGCGUCACUCUCACCGCUACCCUGGUCACUCACCAGCCUGUCUGGCGAGCCAUCACCAAGCACAUGGCCAAAUAUCAUAAAAUUAAGGAAGGAGAUCUGGAGCAUCCAGUCCUGUUUCCCAAGAUGCGGUCAUUCCUGAGUUUCGUACCGGUUACCUUCGAGGGCGCCGGCAUGCAAAUGAGAAUAGACGCAUGUGGAUACAGUAAACAUUUACUUAGUAAGGAAAUAGAUGAGCUGGAGGAGCACCUGACUGGCCUCGGGUGCCCCGUAGUGUUCUCCCACAACGACCUCCUCCUGGCUAACAUUGUGUGGGAGGAGACCACUAGCACAGUCGGCUUUAUUGACUAUGAGUACGGCGGCACCAAUUACCAGCCAUUUGACAUUGGCAACCACUUCAGCGAAUUUGCUGGUGUGGAGAAAGUGGACUACAGUUGGUACCCGUGUGCGGAGUUCCAGCGCCAGUGGCUACGAAGCUACCUCUCGCACUACAGAGAGGUACCCGAGGAGCAGGUACCAGAUAUUGAGGUGGAGCUUUGGUACACCUGGACCAAUAAGUUUGCCCUUGCCUCGCACCUGCUGUGGGGCACCUGGGCCAUGGUUCAAGCCACCUGCUCCUCUAUAGACUUCGAUUACCUCGGGUAUGGCAUUACAAGAAUAAAUGAAUAUUUCAAGAGAAAAGAUGAGUUCCUGAGCCUGACUGCACCUACCUCUUCACAGUGACCUAACACUGAACCAAACUAGUGCCAAGACCAUCACUGAUAGUCAUCCACAGAAUCUGUGCGUCACAGAGUGGACGAUGUUGAAACUGAAAUUGAAAUAAGUUUAUUGAGGUAAAAUACACACAAAGGGAUGAGGUAGCUCAAGCUAUUCUAACCCCGUUCAGUACAUCGUGUUCAUACAUACAUAGACACAUAUCACAAACUAUAAACAUAUUACCGAACAUUCUGAGAAGGGACGAUGUUAGGCUGCCUGGACUCUGUGACUCGCGACGUAGCCUCGCCAAUGCAAAUAUGUAAAUGCAGUGUUUCCCCUGAGAGCAACACUUUCAAUCUAUUGACGUUUUCCAAAGUUUAAUAUUCACCGACAGUUCUGCUGAGACUGGACUUUACAUUUGCGCAGCACCAUUUAGUUAUGAAAACUGUAAGAAAUACAAAGCUGGUUGGUUUUGGACGCUAUUUGCGUAUUAUAUAUUUCUGGCUUUAACUUUCCUUUGGAAUAAACCAACUCCUUUCUUCUGUACAAGAUACAUGUUGUAGUGUUAGGUAGGAAAGGUAGUUAGCGAUUAGAGAACUGCAACAUGAUUUAGCAUAACAAAGCAACCUUACAAAUAGUCAUAGCAAACCCAAUUUUUUUAAUACGGUUAUAACUAAUAACACAACUCACACAUGUGAAAAUAACUCGCAACAAGCACUUAAGAUAACCAACACCUCACAACAGGCACUUAAAUAUAACCAACACCCUCACAGGGCACUUAAAGAUAACCUACACCUCACAACAGGCCCUUGAAGUAACCUACACCUCUCAACAGGCACAGAAUCAUGAGACAUCUCUGAACACAGGAUCCUUAUCAUAUCGGGUACUAUUGAGACAAGAUGGUGGAGUCAUCCGUGUGUUUGUGUGUGCUUGACAUUUAGCCUUGAUAAUGCUGUCUUAAAGGUCAGAGGCUUGUGUCUCAAAUUUGUUACAUCAUCUGACAUGUUGAGCACGCACACAUACAACCACACCCGCAUUUUUAGGACUGUCAGAAAGCCUUUGACACAGUACCCCGUAAAAGGCUGUUACAAAAGUUGGAGAACAAGGCAGGAGUAAAAGAUAAGGCGCACCAUUGGAUAAGGUGCUCCAAACAACGGGAAACAGCGAGUAACUGUGAGGGCGGAGACACCAGAGUGGCGAGAUGUCACCAGUGGAGUGCCACAAGGCUCUGUACUUGGACCCAUCCUGUUUCUGAUAUAUGUAAACAAUCAUCCAGAGGGU